AUGCCCUCGGAUAUUCGGAGCUUCUUUGGAGGCAAGCCUGCACAGGAUUCAAGCAAUCCUCCCAAACCCUUAAAAGAGGAUCCCUCAACUGCACGGAAACGGCGAAGCAGAAAGGUCGUGGACGACAGCGAUGAUGACGAAGAUGUAGCGCCAGCGAAGGCACCGACACCUAAGACAAAACCAAAGAGUCAACCGAAACGCGAAGAACAGAAAGGCGAACCUACAACUAGCUCGGACUAUUUUGCUUCGACGAAGAAGCGAGGUCGGCCAUCCAAGGCCUCAACUGAGUCGAAGCCCGAAGAAGCACCCGCCAAGUCCUCCCGAACCACAGCACGGGAAGCUACGAAGAAGACCAAACAGGUUGUUGACGACGACGAGGGCCUUGGUGGAGACGAUAUCUUUGCAAGCGAAUACAGCAAGAAGAAGGAUGAUGACUACCUCGCCGCAGAUAGUGAUGAUGACGACAAUUUUGAAGUGCUAGAGGUCAAACCGACAACUGCAGCCUCUAGGAAAUCUCGAAGCAAGCCCUCGGUUCUUGAUGAAGACGAUGAUGUAGUCAUGGAAGAUCUUCCCAAGAUUGCUCCCAAGGCCGCCAGAGCCGGCCGAAAGCGAAAGUCAGAGGCCCUCAUCGACGAGGACGAGGAUGAUGACUACCAGGAAACGAAGAAGAAGCCAGCAUCUCGAGCUAAGUCGACUGCCUCUCCUGCUGCCAAGAAACCAAGGGCCACACCCAAGAAGAAAGAUCCAGAACCGGAGAACCCUGAGAUUCAGUCAAUCUUCGACAGCAUUCCGACCAUUAAGCCGCCAUCGCCACCUCCCGAGAAUGGAGAGACCAAGAAAUGGCAGUUUGGCGCGCAGCGUUCUCGCACACCCCCGACCGCUGGCACCAAAGAACUUCCUGUCGGCGCUGAGAACUGCUUGGCGGGCCUGGCGUUUGUAUUUACUGGCAUCCUUGAUACACUGGGUCGCGAGGAAGGCCAGGAAUUGGUGAAGAAAUACGGCGGCAAAGUCACUGGAGCCCCUAGCUCUAAAACCAGUUUCGUCGUUCUCGGCAGUGACGCAGGUCCCAAGAAGCUUCAGACCAUUGCAAAGUUUAAUAUCACAACCAUCAACGAGGACGGUCUUUUCGAACUCAUCCGCCGUUUGCCCGCUAAUGGUGGCUCCGGACAAGCCGCAGAAAAGUACGCGGCAAAGCAGAAAGCGGAUCAAGAAAAGGUUGAAAAGAUGGCAGCCGAGAUUGAUGCUGAAGAAAGGAGAAAGGAAGCAGCCAAGGCCAAGGCUAAGACACAGCAGAAUGGUCCAACUCCGCUUCCAGCUCAGGGCCCGCCGGUUGAUGAUCAACUUUGGACGACCAAGUAUGCGCCCACCUCAAUCAACAUGAUCUGCGGUAACAAAAGUGCCGUCGAGAAAAUCCAGAAUUGGUUACGGAACUGGCACAAAAACGCAAAGGGGGAUUUCAAGAAGGCCGGACCGGACGGCUCAGGCGUGUAUCGUGCCGUCAUGAUCCAUGGUCCACCAGGAAUUGGCAAGACUACAGCUGCACACCUGGUAGCGAAGCUUGAAGGAUAUGAUAUUGUUGAAACCAACGCCAGCGACACCAGAAGCAAAAAGUUGGUGGAGAAUGGUACCUUGGGUGUUUUGGACACGACGUCUUUGCAAGGCUACUUUGCCGGAGAAGGAAAGAAGGUUGAAAGUGAGAAGCGCAACCUCGUCUUGAUCAUGGAUGAAGUCGACGGCAUGUCAGCCGGUGACCGUGGAGGCGUUGGUGCAGUCGCAGCAAUCGUCAAGAAAACCAACAUUCCGAUUAUUCUCAUUUGCAACGAACGACGACUACCAAAGAUGAAGCCCUUUGACCACAUCACCUUCGAUGUUCCGUUCAGACGCCCGUCGAUAGAUCAACUCCGUGCCAGACUUUCUACCAUAUGCUUCCGUGAGAAGAUGAAGCUCCCUCCGUCUGUGAUGGAGGCUCUGGUGGAAGGCUCACAUGCUGAUAUUCGACAAAUCAUUAAUAUGCUAUCUGCAAUCAAACUGGACUUGUCAAACAUGGAGGAUCAGUCAGGCAUCGGUUUCGACAAAGGCAAACAGAUGGCCAAGGCAUGGGAGAAGCAUGUUAUACUCAAGCCCUGGGAUAUCACAAGCAAAAUCCUCAACGCGCAAACGUUCGCACCAAGCUCCACCUCAACACUCAACGACAAGACGGAACUUUACUUCAACGACCACGAGUUUAGCUAUCUGAUGCUCCAGGAGAACUAUCUGCGCACCAAUCCCACUCUCGCCACAAGCUAUGAAGAUAAAAAAGAGAACAAUCUGAAACAACUGGAAUUAGUUGACAAAGCAGCAUCAAGUAUCAGUGACGGAGAUCUCGUGGACCGCAUGAUUCAUGGAACCCAACAGCAAUGGAGUUUGAUGCCGACCCACGCUAUCUUCAGCUUUGUACGACCGGCCAGUUUCGUAUUUGGCAACAUGAGCGAGAGGCCACAGUUUACCACAUGGCUUGGCCAGAACAGCAAGCAAGGCAAACUGUCACGUUUCGUGAAGGAGAUCCAAGGUCACACGCGUCUCCGGACUUCGGGCAAUCGCGACGAAAUUCGUCAGCAGUAUAUGCCCUUGCUUUGGGACAAGACCGUCAAGCGUCUCAGAGACGAAGGCAAGGAGAGUGUGGAUGAGGUCAUCGACUUUAUGGAUGCAUACUUCUUGACGCGUGAUGACUUUGACGCGAUGGUUGAACUUGGCCUGGGGCCCAUGGAUCAAUCCAAAGUCAAGCUGGAGACUCAGACCAAGGCCACCUUCACACGCCUCUAUAACCAACGGUCACAUCCGCUUCCAUUCAUGAAAGCGAGCAAUGUCGUUGCGCCGAAGAAGGAAUCCAAGGACAGACCUGACGUGGAAGACGUCGUUGAAGAGUCGGACGAAGAAGAGGUUGUGGAUGAGGCCAAGGGUGAUGAUGAAGAAGAGGAGCUGGACUUGAAGAAGGACAAGUACGUCAGCGUACCCAAGAAGAAGGCUGCUGCUGCCAAAGGCAAGAAGGGAAAGAAGGCCACCGCCGCGAAUGACGAUGGAUUCAUCGAUGAUAGCGAGGAGAAGCCGAAGAAGGGCCGCAAGGCGAAGCCCAAGGCUAAGGCUUAG